UUAUAAUUAGAUUUUCGGAGAGAAGUGCUUUACCAAAAGUGGGUUUUUGACUAGACAAAAGAUAGAGAGAACAAGUAUAUCCAAAAGUUCAUAGCAAUUUAUUACAUUCUUGUACAUGUAUGUACUAAACUGAAGGUUUAGUUUGUUUCUGUCAAAGCUGGUUUUGUCAAUUGAACAGUGAUGUCUCUGUUAGGUGCUUAUUCCAUCAGUGAGGUUGGCAAAGAGGCAGCAGGAGUUGCUGGUAACGUGUUUGCUUUUGGGUUGUUUUUAUCGCCCAUACCUACAUUUAGGAGAAUCAUCAGAAAUGGGUCAACAGAAAUGUUCUCAGGACUGCCAUAUGUUUAUUCUCUUUUGAACUGCUUGAUCUGCUUGUGGUAUGGCACACCUCUUAUAUCACCUGAUAAUCUGUUGGUGACAACUGUUAAUACAAUUGGGGGAGUCUUUCAGCUUGUGUACAUAACCCUCUUCUUGAUUUAUGCUGAGAAAGCAAGAAAGGUGAGAAUGCUUGGAUUACUCUUAGCAGUUUUGGGCAUAUUUGUGAUCAUACUAGUUGGGAGCUUGCAAAUUGAUGACAGUGCAAUGCGACGGAUGUUUGUGGGACUCUUGAGUUGUGCUUCUCUCAUUUCAAUGUUUGCCUCUCCAUUGUUUAUAAUUAGAUUGGUCAUUCGGACAAAAAGUGUAGAGUUUAUGCCUUUUUAUCUUUCACUUUCCACCUUCCUGAUGAGCAUCUCCUUCUUUCUUUACGGAUUGGUCAGUGAUGAUACCUUCAUUUACGUGCCAAAUGGGAUAGGAACUGUUUUAGGAAUUGUGCAAUUGAUAUUAUAUUUCUAUUACAAGAGUUCAUCCACUGAAAACUGCAGACAGCCCUUGAUAGUGUCGUAUGAAUGAUCCAUGCUAGUGAGUGUUGGCAAAGUGGAGGCAUAGGCAAAUGCAUCAUGAUUGAUUAAGAUUUAUGGUCUUUUCCUCAGUGAGAUAGUUCUCUGAAAUUAGUAGCAGCAAUUCUCUGUGUUUGAAAUGUUUUCCAUUACUUGAAUGAGUGAAAUUUAUGGUUGUGUGUGAAGUUUUUCCACGCAAUUCAUGGAGAUGUGUGAAUUGCAUUGAAACAUUCCACAAUAUUUUAAUGUCAUUUCUGGCUGUGCCUUGUGUCAA